AGAGAUUGAGCCAUAGAGUUACAGAGCGGGGGAGAAGGCUAUCCAGUCUCCCAGCUGCAUGCUCUCUAAUAACCAAAGCCUCGGAGAAGAGAGGAGAGGGAGAGGGAGGGGGACUCAAUAGGGAGGCAAUGAAACGGACUCAUCCGCGUAACUAGACACUACCAGUCCAGUUCAGUGUUCAGAGCAUGCGAGAGCGUAGCUCGACCAACCGCAUUCAGUUAUAUCUACAAAGGAAUAGAGAGGGAGAAAAUUGAAGUGUUCCAGCCUGGGGAGUCGGCGAGGAAAGGAGCAAGACAUAGGCUACUGGCGGCUUUCGAGCGUCACGGGCAUAUACACCCCGUGUCCAGAAUUUACGGCCAUUCUUGGCAUCAGCCUGUUGUACAAAAUUGCGGAUUUAUAACUGAGUGAAUUCGGGGAUAGUCAUCGACAGUCCUAUCCUUCACAAUGAAGAAAAACAAUUCAGCUAAACGGGGCCCGCAGGACACAAACCAGCACAACACGCAGCCAGACAAAAUCGGUUGGAUUCGCAAGUUCUGUGGCAAAGGGAUAUUUAGGGAGAUCUGGAAAAAUCGUUUUGUAAUACUCAAAGGGGACCAACUUUACAUCUCAGAGAAAGAGGUGAAGGAUGAGAAGAAGAUCCAGGAGGUGGUUGACCUGACGGAUUACGAGCGUUCUGAGGAGCUCCGCAAGGCCAAGAGCCGCAGCAAGAAGAACCACAGCAAGUUCACCCUGCUGCGCUCCAGAACCCCAGGCAACACGGUCCCAAACCUGGUGUUCCUGGCUGUUAGUCCAGAGGAGAAGGAGUCCUGGAUAAACGCCUUAAAUGGAGCAAUCACCAGAUCCAAGAACAGCAUCCUGGAUGAGGUCAUGGUUGAGGAUGAAAACCUUCUGUCCCACCUCACACGGGACAGGGCUAAGAUCCCUCACACACGGCGCCUGCCUACACGAGGACACAUCAUGGCUGUGGCCUCCACUUCUACCUCUGACGGCAUGUUGACCCUUGACCUGAUCCAGGAGGAGGACAGCCCCAGCACAGAUGGCCAGGACACCUGUGACAAGAGCUUCCGGGCCAACCUGGACAAAUCCACUCAGCUCGACUGCCUCAGGUCCAAAACAGAGGGUGCCAUCAGUAGCAUCUGUCUAACGCCUCCCACAGAGGUCACUGGGAAGUCCCAGAGCCUGCCGCGCGAUACCGGGGUCACCUGGGACGAUAAACAGCAACUUCAGAGCCCGAUGGGGAAGUCCUGCACUCCUCAGCCAGGCAAGAGGCUCACACCGGCCGAGAAAAGCCGCUGCGCCUCCAUGGACGAGAUCCUCUCACACUCCGGGACGCAGGCCACCAAACCCAGGACAUCCAUCCCCCGCUCUGCCACCUCUGCCCCCCCGGGCAACCUGCCGCCCAUCAGCCAGCUGCAGGACCUAAUCGCUCAGAAGCUGGAGCGAACUCAGGAGCUGCUGAUGCAGGUGCAGGGGGCGAAGGGGGAGGAGGUGGAGCGGGGGAAGGGGAAAGGGAAGGACUCGCCAGGUUCCAAGGGUUCCUCGGACGGGGCCCGGGCGGAGGCAGAGAGGCUGCUGAAGGAGGCAGCGUCCACAUGGGGUCAGGCCAAGGAUGUUCUAGAGGAGGUGAAGGAGCUGAGGGCGCUCUACCGUCAGCUGGACUCGCUGCCCACCACCCCUGCCUCCCUCUCACCCCUCACACCCUCCAACAGCUGCAAGCAGACUGACUACAGGAAGAGCAUGAUGUGACCGUCAGAGAACUCAACACGGACUGGACUAUGAAUCCCUGAGCAAAAAAACAACUCAACAUGCAAAGCCACAAUAUUGUUAAAUAUGUCUGUUUCUCUCCUUCUGUGUUCUUUCACUUUAUUGAUGCUGUGACAAAGUGAGGACAUUCAGUUGCCCAACGACGUCCCCUGUGCUUGACCACUGUGCCCUUACAUGUCUGCUUGAUGAAGGGUGCGGGGGGCAAAGGGAAGGGGCCAAUCUAGGGACUCAGGUACAUGUUGGCCAGGGAGUCUCUCUGUAUUGACCUGAAGAUGAAAGACCUUGUGAUGCUGCAGUGUCGGUGUUGUUUUCCUCUGCAUUGGUUGUCAAAGAGGGGCUGUUGCAAGGUUUGGGAGGGGAAUCAGAAGGGCUCUGCUCUCCAGGGACAGACACACAGUGGUUGAGGAUGGCUCAGGUUACAGGAAGGGAAACAUGGUGUCCAGACCAGCCCGUAUGUUAGGAAUGUCAAUGUUUUCCUUUUUCUGUUACACAACACACUGGAAGGUUGGUCUGAGCCAGAUUCCCAACGACCACCACUCAGCACCGUACAGUACAGCAUUCUCCCUCCCUCCCUCUGCUGCUCUGGGAAUGGAGCUCAGUGGACUCCUCAUCUCUGCUGGUCCAUUGUGAUUCACAGGGACAAGGGGAACCAGUUCACAUAGUCAGAACUCACUGGCGUUCCAUAGGGUGUUUCUGUCUGUUCCAUGAGCCAUAUGAUACAGUCAAAAUGGAGGACGUCUGUCUGGGUUGUGUUGUUACUAGAUGGUACAUACUAGGACAGAGCUGUUCCUUUCCUGUAGGACGACAGCCAGUUGUCUUCAGCCAGUUGCCACUGCAGCCAUUGAUUCUCAUGCUGCUGUAGAGCCAUGGAGCCGGGAUGGCGUCUGUGUGUGUCUGGUGUGAGUGAUGAUUAUCAUGCUACUGUAGAGCCAUGGAGCCGGGAUGGCGUCUGUGUGUGUCUGGUGUGAGUGGUGAUGAUCAUGCUACUGCAGAGCCAUGGAGCCGGGAUGGCGUCUGUGUGUGUCUGGUGUGAGUGGUGAUUAUCAUGCUACUGUAGAGCCAUGGAGCCGGGAUGGCGUCUGUGUGUGUCUGGUGGGAGUGGUGAUGAUCAUGCUACUGUAGAGCCAUGGAGCCGGGAUGGCGUCUGUGUGGGUCUGGUGGGAGUGAUGAUUAUCAUGCUACUGUAGAGCCAUGGAGCCGGGAUGGCGUCUGUGUGUGUCUGGUGGGAGUGGUGAUGAUCAUGCUACUGUAGAGCCAUGGAGCCGGGAUGGCGUCUGUGUGUGUCUGGUGUGAGUGGUGAUUAUCAUGCUAUUGUAGAGCCAUGGAGCCGGGAUGGCGUCUGUGUGUGUCUGGUGUGAGUGAUGAUGAUC